CCUUGACAACCUAGACUUGUUGUUAUAUUUAUUCAGACUUCAUUUUUCCCAAAAACUCAAAGCAACAAUAAGUUUCUGCUCUAUUUUCCACCAAAACCCGAAAAAUUCGCCCAAAAUUCUUUAUUAUUUCCUUCGGAUAACCAAAGAAAAGCCGCCAAAAUGCCGCCAAAGCCAAAAAAGGAGAAGAAGGAUCCUAACAAGAUCACCCAGGUGGACAGAACGUUCUACGAGCUGACCAUCACGGAUCUCAACCAGAAACUGGCCCGCCUGCGCUCCCACAUGACCACCGUGGAUGAGUCCAACAUUGCCAUAAAUGAGAAGCUGAAAGAAAUGGAGGCCGAUGGCGUGGACGUGGCCGCCCACUUAGAGCGCACCUUGGCGGAGCGGAACAACACGAUAACCGAACUGGAGGAGCGCUUGGUGGAGAUCACCAAGGUGCGGGACGAGGAGAACAAGAUGGCCCAGGAUAAGAUCGGAGAUCUGGAGGCCAAGUACAAGGCCAUGCACGACCAGCUGACUUCCGAGAUCAAGCUGCUCAACGGCAAGCUAAACUCCCUGGACGAGUUCCGCAUCCAGCGGGACGUCCUGCUGGCUAAGUUCGACGACCAAGAGGCGGAUCUCAAGGAGCGAGAGAAGGACCACAAGGAGGCUCUCUACAACAUGGAGCAGCGGGCGGUGGUUGAGAAGGAUGCCCUCAAGAAGGAGGUGGAGCAGAAGCUGCUCCAAGUCUCCGAGGACUUCACACGCUCAAGCGAGAUCCGGAAUGCUGGCUACACGCGUCGCCUGAUUCGCGAGAACAUCGCACUGCAGAAGGAGAUCGAUCUGCUGGUGAUGUCCCAAAUCAAGCUCCAGCAGGCCUACACCAACCAGAAGGCCAAGCACAAGGAGAUGGAAGAGCAGUACAGCGCUCUGGACCAGAUUAAGAACGAGCUGGUCCGCAACUCGGUCAACAAGAUCAAGAUCAUCGAGGGCCUGACCCACAACUACGAGAAACUCAAGGCCAAGUACGUGGAGGGUCUGCGCUACCGGAAGGCCUACGAGGCGAAUAUCCAGGCGGAGAAGUGCGAGAAUGUGAAGCAGAAGGACGCGUUCGCCAAGCUCCGGACUCUGGCCAAGCGCAUGGAAAUCUUGGAGCUGGAGAACCAUAACCUGGGCGUUGUCCAUGCGCAGCACGAGAUCGAGAUCACGCGGCUGCGUGGGGUCAUCCAGGAGAUCAAGUGCACGGUGCGCGACGCCAUUGUGGCGGAGCAGGCGGCCAAAACCUUCCCCGAGCGUUUGGAGGAGGCCAAUGUCGAUGAGCGCCAAGUGAUUAAAGAGGUCCGCGAGGAGGCCGUAGCCGUCUGCAAGCUGAAGCGCAGCGAUCUUCUCUCCCAGCUGAUGAACAUAGUGAGCUCCCAUUCGGAGAAGCUGCCCAUGACACCGUCAGUUGCCUCUAUUGGCAGUGCUACCUCCUCGUUGUAUGCACCCGGCAAGAUGGGCUUUAUGCCCAAAAAGCAGCGCGAGACACCGUACGCCGCCUUUAAGAGCGAAGUCAUUGACCAGGAGCCGGAUCGCAGCAUUCCCGAGCAUCUGCAGAGGCAGCGGGCGCAGGAUCGGGACAGCUCGCUGCUACGUGGCGAAGGAAAUACCAUCAUUGACGUGGAGUUCGGUACCACGCUAUAUGUCUCCUCGUCCCGCGAGGAUGAUAUCAUUGAGCAGGAGGAGGAGCCACUCGAGGAGCCGGAGGGCUCAAGCAGCACCGUGUCCGUAAAGAAACCCAGCAGCGAAGCCAGCGCUCCCGCGCCUGCCACUGCUCCUUUGGCCGCCUCUGCCUCUGUCCCUGAUGUCGCGACGCCGCCUAGUGGCAGUGGCACCAUAGACACCCUAACCAGAACUUCCAAAUUGGUGCCCCCGGGAGGCGAGGAUGGCGAGGAAGAAGGAGAGGAGGAGGACUUCGACGUCCAGUUCAUCUACUAGGACCUCGUUUCCUUAGUUUCCCUUUCGUUAUUAUGUAUUAAAUCGUGAAAUAAAUAAAUACAAUUGACCAU